AUGGUUACAUCCCUCGACGUCUCCGUCAAGUCUCUGCUAAAGGCCGCCGAGUAUGGGUACAAGGCGUACAAAUCGACGACCGUUAUGAAGAAGGACGAGGACAAGGAUGUAAAAAAGGACUACGUGAUCAACCAGAUCACUAUCUGCGGCGAGACCACACAGUCACUCAUGGUGUUGUUCAACACUAAGAAAGACGAUACUCUGGAGCUGGAUGACCCAGGGCCAGGAAGAUUGUCACCGAGAUGA